AUGAACGGCUCAAAUGAUUAUUAUCGUACAAGCACAUUGUCGGAUGGUGCACAUUAUUUAGCAUACGAUCCAAAUCAGUUAUUACCCGAUGAUACGAAUAUUUUAGUGUUAGAUGAUUAUUCUCCUAGAUAUGAUAAUGAGAUGAAUGUUGUAUCAAACUCUAUGGACAGUUUUGGUUAUGCUGUCAAUGCUAUUAAUAAUAACACUAACAACGAUACUAUUGAUGGUCAUCAAAAUGAUGGUAUCUCAUAUUAUAAUGAGACAAAAAAUGAGAACAAUCCGCCGGAACUAAAUUCCAUGCUGGCAAGUGGCUUAGUGGCUGGUGUAUUAGAUGAAGAAACAAUUGAAAAGAAUGUGUCUCGUAUUGGAAAAAUUGCAGAUGGAUCAAGUCAUGCUUAUCUUACUCUCACUUUACCGGGCUUUGGUUUACGUGAUAUUUCAAUACUGAGCAAUUAUAGAAAUUUUCAACGAAUUGAAUUACCCUGCAAUGAUAUUGUCGAUCUAUCACCAUUAGGUGAACUUCCGUAUUUACUAGAAUUAGAUGUUUCAAAUAAUAAAAUACGAAAACUACUAGAUUUUGUUCCACCAUAUAAUCAAAUAUCAAAAAUAGAUGGGUUAAAAAAUUGUUAUCGUUUACAACAUUUGAGUAUAGCUCACAAUUUAAUAACAACAAUUGAAGAAUUAGAUAAUUUACCAUUGAAAUAUUUAAAUUUGAGAUCAAAUCAAAUAACUACAGUGGAAAAUUUGGAUACAUUACAAUAUUUGCAACAUUUAAAUUUAUCAUGCAACAAUAUUAAUUCACUCAAUGGAUUUCCUGAGAGACUAAACUUUUUAGAAGUAUUAGACUUGGCAGAUAAUCAGUUUCAAAAUUUAUCUGAAAUUGAUCAUUUAAGCGAAUUACGUCUGUUACGUGAUUUAAGUUUACAACGAAAUAAAGUAACAGAAAUUGAUGAUUAUCGUUUAUCGGUUAUAUUUAAAUUACCACAAUUAACAUCGUUAGAUAGACGAAAGAUUGAUGCAGUAGAAAAGGUUGAAGCAAAACAAAUGUUUAAUCCAACGCUUGAAUAUUUUGCAUCCCGAGAUCAUAUGACAAAUAUUGUAUUUUCAUUUUUACCAGAUCAUCGCGUACAAGAAAGUACGUUGCCAAAUAUUGAAACACCAUAUCCAAUGUUAAUAUUAUCCGGACCAGAUGGAUGUGGAAGAAUUGAAUUAGCUCAUAGACUUGUAGAAGAAUUUAGCGAAUUUUUUGGCUACGGAAUAUUACAUACAGCAAGAGAAAAACGUUCAAAUGAAAAAGAUCGUGUUGAUUAUAUUUUUAUCAAACAAGAACAAUAUGAAGAAGAUGUUACAAGAGGUGAAUUUCUUUGUUGUUAUGAGUAUUAUGGUGAUUGGCACGGACUUCAACGAAGUUCAGUGGAAAACGUAGCUAAAGAAGGUCUCGCAUGUGGUUUAUUGUCGAUCAAACAGUCGCACUUUGAACCACGUUGUCUUUUACUAUUACCGAUGGAUAAAAAAAUUCAUAAAAAACGUUUACAAAAUUUGGGAUUCGGUGAUUCAGAAAUAACAAUCGCUAUUAGUCGUGUGGAAAAAUAUGCGGAAUACAAUCGUACACAUCCCGGUUUCUUUGAUUCAUUUAUUUGUACAAAUAGUCUUGAUGAUGGUUAUGAACAGUUACGCGAACUUGUCAUCAGUUACCUUGGGUUAGAAGACGAUAGACUUGAAGCACCGAGACCACAUACAUCAGAUGAAAUAAGACGAUUCGAUGAUAUUGACAUUCAAAGAUCUGAUUCAUUUUUGCCCUCAACAAAUGCUACUGGCUGCCGAAAUUCAUCUCAUCCAAGUGUCGAUACACCAAUAAAUCAGACCAGUGCCGGCCAAAAUAUUCGAGUUAAAUUUGGAUCUGCACCAGCACAAAUUCAAACUUCUGAAUUUAAACUUCGUUUAUCAGCUAAAAGUCGUUUAAAAGAUUUGUUUCAAGCCAAUAAUACAUCAACAAAAGAUCAAUUACGACGUCAAUUAUCAAGAACUGUACCAUUAAUUGAGCGAAAAUCAGUACGUUCAAGUAAUGGCAAAAAUCCUGAAACUAAUGAUAGUAGAAAUCACAAUCGUUCAUCAAAAUCGGCACCAACACAUGAUAUUUAUCAAUUAUCGUUACAAAGUCCUGACUCAAGCAUUGCCAAUGAGCCUGAUGAUCUAUUAUUAGAUCGUGCAUCGUCCGAACUACGGGGAGAACUUGAUGAUGCAAUUUCAAUUCGAAGUUAA